UUCAUCCAGGAAAAGAGUGACAGCAGCACGGGGGAGAGAGGAGGAAGAGGAAGGGAGGACUGUGUAGAGGUGUGUGGAAUGAAGAGGAAGGAUGGACUGUGUAGAGCUCUUCGUCAUCGACAACGGAGCGGACGACUGGCGCAUCGCCAUGACGUUGAAUCGGGUGUUGCUGAUAUCGUUGGAGCUACUGGUGUCGGCGGUGCAUCCGGUGCCCGGGGACUUUAAGUUCCAGUGGCGGGCACGUCUGGCGUUCUCUUACGCCCCGUCCCAGGCUGAGGCUGACCUGGACAUGGUGCUGAGUGUUCCCAUGUUCCUCCGCCUCUACCUCAUCGCCCGCGUCAUGCUGCUGCACAGCAAACUGUUCACUGAUGCCUCCUCACGGAGCAUAGGGGCCCUCAAUAAGGUGUGUGUGUUUACUGAUGCCUCCUCACGGAGCAUAGGGGCCCUCAAUAAGGUGUGUGUGUUUACUGAUGCCUCCUCACGGAGCAUAGGGGCCCUCAAUAAGGUGUGUGUGUUCACUGAUGCCUCCUCACGGAGCAUAGGGGCCCUCAAUAAGGUGUGUGUGUUUACUGAUGCCUCCUCACGGAGCAUAGGGGCCCUCAAUAAGGUGUGUGUGUUUACUGAUGCCUCCUCACGGAGCAUAGGGGCCCUCAAUAAGGUGUGUGUGUUUACUGAUGCCUCCUCACGGAGCAUAGGGGCCCUCAAUAAGGUGUGUGUGUUUACUGAUGCCUCCUCACGGAGCAUAGGGGCCCUCAAUAAGGUGUGUGUGUUUACUGAUGCCUCCUCACGGAGCAUAGGGGCCCUCAAUAAGGUGUGUGUGUUCACUAAUGCCUCCUCACGGAGCAUAGGGGCCCUCAAUAAGGUGUGUGUGUUCACUGAUGCCUCCUCACGGAGCAUAGGGGCCCUCAAUAAGGUGUGUGUGUUUACUGAUGCCUCCUCACGGAGCAUAGGGGCCCUCAAUAAGGUGUGUGUGUUUACUGAUGCCUCCUCACGGAGCAUAGGGGCCCUCAAUAAGGUGUGUGUGUUUACUGAUGCCUCCUCACGGAGCAUAGGGGCCCUCAAUAAGGUGUGUGUGUUUACUGAUGCCUCCUCACGGAGCAUAGGGGCCCUCAAUAAGGUGUGUGUGUUUACUGAUGCCUCCUCACGGAGCAUAGGGGCCCUCAAUAAGGUGUGUGUGUGCCGGGGGCUUUGUUGUUCACUCUUUCUCUUCACUCAUUCUGUCUCACUCCUUCCAUCUUGCCUUUCUCUCAUCCUGUGUCUCUCUCAAUCUAUUUCUCUCCUCCUGUGUCUCCCUCCAUCUCUUUCUCUCCUCCUGUGUCUCCCUCCAUCUCUUUCUCUCCUCCUGUGUCUCCCUCCAUCUCUUUCUCUCCUCCUGUGUCUCCCUCCAUCUCUUUCUCUCCUCCUGUGUCUCCCUCCAUCUCUUUCUCUCCUCCUGUGUCUCCCUCCAUCUCUUUCUCUCCUCCUGUGUCUCCCUCCAUCUCUUUCUCUCCUCCUGUGUCUCCCUCCAUCUCUUUCUCUCCUCCUGUGUCUGUCCAAUGAAGUAUAAAUGAUUGAUUGAGGUCUGCCUUGCUGUCUCAGCUUCUCACCUUCCCACUAAUUCAGACGGAAUCCUCCCCUGUCAGGUAACUGAGGACAGUAAUGACAGAGGCUAAAUCCUUCUCUGUCAGGAAACUGAGGACAGUAAUGACAGAGGCUAAAUCCUCCUCUGUCAGGUAACUGAGGACAGUAAUGACAGAGGCUAAAUCCUCCUCUGUCAGGUAACUGAGGACAGUAACGACAUAGACUAAAUCCUUCUCUGUCAGGUAAAUGAGGACAGUAAUGACAGAGUGAGAGAGAGAGAGGGAGGGAUAGAGAGGGAGGGAGGGAGAGAGAGACAG